AUGCUUACAAGAAUUGAUGACACUAGUUGUUUCUUGUAUAUUCCAGAGCAUUAUGAUCGUUGGAGAGAGGAAAAACACAUCACAAACUCCAAUGGCUUCUUAUUGGUCUAUUCCAUCACUGAUCGAAAGACUUUUGAAGAAAUUAUUGAUUUCUAUGAACGACUGAAGAAGAAGGAUUGUGAACACAUUCCAAUGGUUCUUGUAGGAAAUAAAUGUGAUUUAGAAUUGGAACGAGUGAUUUCUUUGGAUGAGGGCAAACUCCAUGCCAAACAAUUAGGAAUUCCAUUUAUGGAAACUAGCGCCAAGGAAGGGCUGAAUGUAAAUGAUGCAUUCAUCACAUUAGUGAAAGAAGCGUUAAAGGUAAAGAAAAUACAAUUGGAGGAGAAAAAGAAGUGUAUUAUUGUUUAA